GUAAGUCCAGUGCUGUGAGACAUCUGUUGUACUCAUUCUCUUGCACUAUGCAGAUUUUGUUCAUUCUGUGUGUCCUCAUCGGCACGUUUCUGGACCCAACAGAGGGUGAAGUAGUGGAGCAUUUCUGGGAUUCACCCGAGUGCAUGAAGUUCUUCUACAAGCAGAAGGUCCCGGAUUUUGGAGCAACCUUGCCAGAUGUUGUUCAUUUAUGUCAGCGCUUUCUGAACACAUAUCACUUUGCCACACUGUACAGCACAUACCACCGCACAGCUGUCUAUUCGGCAUAUGUCUUUGAGCCAAGCACUGGAGGAGGCAGAGAGAAAAAUUGGUUUCUUGAGCCACAGCUGGUGAACCACACAUGGUCUGGGGAAAUGACAGAUGGUUAUUGGCUGUCAAAAGACAAUCCUGGCAUCUACCUGGGAGAGAAACAGGCGCUGGAUGAGGACUACAAAAACUCAGGAUUUGACCGUGGACAUCUAAACCCAAAUGGACAUCAUGCAGUUCCAGGCCGUAAUUCCACCUUUACGCUGACCAACAUAGUGCCCAAAAACCCCAAGCUAAACCAGAAUGCAUGGCGCCUGCACGAGUCUAAAAUUACCGACUUGUUUAAUGCAAACUGUCAUCAGGCCUACGUGCUUGUUGGUGCCGUCCCUUCUUCUAACAACUGGAUAAUAAAGAACAACGUCCAACGGGUGAACAUCCCAGAGUACAUCUGGAACGCCUACUGCUGCGUAGAUCAAAAUGGCCGCCCUAUUCUCAGUGGUGCCGCAACUGCCCUCAAUACAGAGCUUAAUGUUGUUGAAGAACACAACCUAGAUGAAAUGGUUGACUUCUUUCAGCAAUACUCUGAUACACCUGUUGGGGAGCUUUUCAGUGGACGAUGCAAAGCCUGAAAUUUGAAUGUGUUGAGUAUUUAGGUGUUCAAACCAUAUCAACAUUAUGUCCGAAAAAUACGCAACACGCUGCUAUAUGGUUAAUACCGAUUGUAUUGAAUGUAAAGCAUGUACUUUUAGAUGCUUAUGUAGUAAAUGUAACGUUUUAAACGCAUGCCUUCUGUAAUGAUAGCUAGGCUGUAGUGGCCUAAAGGUUAGAAAGUUGUGCUGGUAACAUUGAGAGUUGCUGAUUCGAAUGUCACGGCUGGCAGUUUGUGACUGGGAUGACUUUGAGCAACGCGUCCUCGCCCCAACUGCCGAUAGUUGCCCAAUGCUCUGGGUGUGUUUGUGUGUUCAUGACUUGCAGUGUGUGUGCGUUUACUCACUGGAUGGGUUAAGUGCAGAGGUCUUAUUCCAAGUAUAAGUUGUUACUUUCACUUUAAGUGGUUUAUGUCUGGUUAUUAGGGCUAUAAAACAAUUAAUUGCAUACAAAAUAAAAGUUUGUUUUUACAUAA